AGAGUUGAAAUGAAUCUUAACUGGACUUAAAUGGCCCAGCAUCCUCCCGCCACCGCCGCUGACUUCUUGUUCAAAGGGGUACUUUGGGCGGCAGGUGGAGUUAUAAUUAUAGAUUAGAAAAAAGCACCAUCAGCAGCUGUCACUUCUGUUUGUCCCCAGCUAUAACUGUCAUCAGUGGGCAAACUGGCACAGACAGGCCUCUGCAAGUGGAAAAACAUUUAACCCUGGACUCACUACACGCUGGAUCGCCACAGCAGCAGGAGAACUAGGAGGAAACCCAGCUGGUCACCAGUGAGGGUGGAAGCCGGCACCUCUUCAGGGACGGCAGAUCGUUUGAAGAUUUCUCUUCCCUUGAGAGACUCCAAAGAAAUAGGGUUUUACGUCACUCUGGUAGUGAACCGAUGGUGGAACCAGUUUGUGAAUCUGCCUUGGCCAGACAGGCUGAUGCUCCUCAUUUCCAGCAGUGUCCACGGGAGCGACCAGCAUGGGCGCCUGCUCAGAAGGACGCUGAUGCGCUACGUCAACCUGACGUCCCUGCUCAUCUUCCGCUCGGUGAGCACCGCGGUGUACAAGAGGUUUCCCACCAUGGACCACGUGGUCGAAGCAGGUUUUAUGACGGCAGAUGAGAGGAAAUUAUUCGACCACCUCAAAUCGCCUCAUCUGAAGUACUGGGUUCCCUUCAUUUGGUUUGGAAAUCUUGCAACCAAAGCCCGGAAUGAAGGCAGAAUCAGAGACAGCGUUGAUCUACAAUCACUGAUGACUGUCGUCACCCUCGCCGUCUACACGUUCUUCUUUGCGUGCCUGAUCGGAAGGCAGUUCCUGGAUCCCACCAAAGGCUACGUAGGACAUGACUUGGAUCUGUACGUUCCCAUCUUCACUCUCCUCCAGUUCUUCUUCUACGCAGGAUGGCUCAAGGUUGCAGAGCAGCUGAUCAACCCUUUCGGGGAAGAUGACGAUGACUUUGAAACAAACUGGUGCAUUGACAGAAACCUGCAGGUCUCUCUCUUGGCUGUGGAUGAAAUGCAUAUGAGUUUGCCCAAGAUGAAGAAGGACAUUUACUGGGACGAUUCUGCUGCCCGGCCACCGUACACACUGGCGGCUGCCGACUACUGCAUACCGUCCUUUCUGGGCUCAACGAUCCAAAUGGGGCUGUCCGGGUCCAACUUCCCCGCAGAGGACUGGCUGUGGAACUACGAGAAACACGGAAACCGGCACUCAGUGAUGAGGAGGGUCAAGCGCUUCCUGAGUACCCACGAGCAUCCUGGCAGCCCCAGGAGGAGGAGGAGCUUCGGCAGGCAGGCCAGCGACAGCUCCAUGUUCUUACCCCCAAGCCCAGCUCGGGAUCUGCUGGAUGUGCCGUCCAGGAACCCCCACCGAGGCUCGCCCACACGGAAGCAAUCCCGCUCCCAAGAGGGCAGCCCCAAGCUGCACUCCAGCAUGGGAGAACUGUCCACCAUCAGGGAGACCAGCCGUACCAGCACGCUGCAGAGCCUGAGCCCGCAGUCCAGCGUGAGGUCCUCCCCUACCAAAAUGCCCCAGGUCCCUGAGGUCCUAAUCACCGCCGCUGAAGCACCAGCGUUCUCAGCAGACAGCCAUCAGCAUGACUCCACUACCUCCAUCUUGAGCCUCGAGUUCACCGGGGUGCAGCCGAGCGGGACUGAGCAGCAGGUAGAGCCUUCAGGGACCCCACCUGGAGACCCCAAUCCCCAGACUACUUCAGCCAGUACUGAAAGAGACUUGUUCAAGUUCGAGGAAGAUCUAGAGGAUGACAGAUUUCCCAAAAGGUGGAGCCUGCCAGAGUUUCUGGAGUCCAGGCACACCUCGCUGGGAAACUUAGGUCCAGAUCCUGUGAGUCCCCGGGAUGCUCUUCUUUUACCUGACACAGAAACACCCUCAGAGACCAACGGAAUCCAUCCUGGGGCUGGCUCUGCCCUCGCCCCCGACAUCCUGUACUUAAUGGAAAGUUUGGAUAAGGAAACAGACAUCUUGGAGUUUAACAACGAGCACACUGGAGAAUCCCCGAAGGGAACACCACAGCGCCCCAGGACCUGGUUCUAACCCAGCUCCCUACUUUACAUAAAGCUGUCUGCACCAGUCCCGGAAUCGGCCCCCAGGAACUGGCCAGCAUUUGGAGAAAUGAUCCUACUAUACAAGCUACUUAGAACUCUGAAGGGCGUUAUGAUCAAACACAUCCACAUUGUCUAGCACACAGGGGCUUUCAUGGAAGUUUUACAGCCCAAAUUGAUUACCGUAACCAAAUAAGGGAUAUCAUAUAAAUGCAUAUGGCUUAUACACUUACACUUGAUUAGCUUUGGGAAGAGCCAAAACAGAUCAUAGUCCAAUACUAUAGAAACAAAGGCCCAGACACAAAGUGUCUUGUUCCUUUCCUGGCUCCUUCCCCUACCUCUCUUUUCCUUUAGCUACAGAGACAAGAAGAGUCAGACCAUGCCAUGCCCAGAGAUCCUUUUCUGCUUAGAGUUGUUCCACUGACUUCCUGACCAUCUCACACCUACCUUCUAUAACAUUGCUACCAUCUUUCCUUAAUCCUUAAACUCCCUCAGCUCCAGAAAGUUCCACUUCUCUUCAAGAACUAUCUCAUUGUCGGAUCUUCGUUUCUCUCUCUCCCUUUUACUCUUCCAUUUUUCCUCUUCCUUUCUCCCUGUCUAGCUCCUCCCAUGACUCUAAUCUGUCCCUCUUUCCAACUCUGUCACCUGCUCAAACUAUAAGACACUAGUACAGGAAUCUAACACACCUAGCCUCCCAUGCUUCUAGGCUUGCCAGAGAGGUGAGUGUGGGUUGAUGGUACCCACCAUCAUCUCAAACCCUCUGCUCCUCCUGCUCCUCCUCCUGCUCCUCCCCCUCCUCCUGCUCCUCCUCCUGCUCCUCCUCCUGCUCCUGCUCCUCCUCCUCCUCCUGCCCCUCCUCCUGCUCCUCCUCCUGCUCCUCCUCCUGCUCCUCCUCCUGUUCCUCCUCCUGUUCCUCCUCCUGUUCCUCCUCCUGUUCCUCCUCCUCCUCCUGCUCCUCCUCCUGCUCCUGCUCCUCCUCCUCCUCCUGCCCCUCCUCCUGCUCCUCCUCCUGCUCCUCCUCCUGUUCCUGCUCCUCCUCCUGUUCCUCCUCCUCCUCCUGCUCCUCCUCCUGCUCCUUCUCCUGUUCCUCCUCCUGCUCCUCCUCCUCUUCCUCCUGCUCCUCCUCCUGCUCCUCCUCUUCCUCUUGCUCCUCCUCCUGCUCCUCCUCCUCUUCCUCCUGCUCCUCCUCCUGUUCCUCCUCCUGUUCCUCCUCCUCCUCCUGCUCCUCCUCCUGCUCCUCCUCCUCCUCCUGCCCCUCCUCCUGCUCCUCCUCCUGCUCCUCCUCCUGUUCCUCCUCCUCCUCCUGCUCCUCCUCCUGCUCCUCCUCCUGUUCCUCCUCCUGUUCCUCCUCCUGUUCCUCCUCCUCCUCCUGCUCCUGCUCCUCCUCCUCCUCCUGCUCUUCCUCCCGUUCCUGCUCCUUCCUCUUGGACACGAAAGAACAACAAAGCUAAGGGAUAUGAAAACUGCAUAGCUGAGUGCUGCACCACCGAAGGGUGACAUGGUUUGGAUCUGCUGAACACAGUCCUAACCAAAACCAUCCCAGCUGUGUCACAGCAUGGGACCAGUUACUAUGUCGAUCUGGUUGUCUUAUUAUGAAGCAGGAUAUGAGAGCUUUGUGGAUUACAGGGUCCAGGACCGCACAAUGAGAACAGAGUUGCCAACCGCCUUUGAGAAGCCUGCACGUUAUGUUGUGCAAGCUCGAAGCCUUGAAAAGCUUUGCAUCCUGAGGGCUAGCCUUUCCACCUGUCGUGUCCUGAAGCUUGAGAUGUGGCUUCAGGAACAAGAAAGUCUAAUAGCAGUGACACUGAUCGGGUGUCUCCAUGCUCCUUGCAGUCCGGUCUGAAGUCCACAGAUGACCUCAGAAUCCUUGAACGAGAGCGAUGAGACCAACGUGUACCUUUAGCUCCACUUUACAGAGAUGAAAACAGGUGCAUCUGAGAACUCAUUUUCCUGAACUCACAUUAGCCAGGGUAUCUGGCUUAAGAGCCCACACUUCCUUACUAUACCAUGCUGUCUGUGAGGCCCUGGAUCUGCUAGCACUUUGUCCCAGCUUCUAGAGGAUUCUCCCAUCAGCUAUUCACAGGUUUAUGCCAAACCUCUCCAGCCCUAGAGACCUCUCUGGAGUCCCCCCUGCUCAAGGACAAUCUUUAGCCACAGAGAAGAGAAGAGCUUCCGUCUUUGAGCCCUAGCCACCGUCUUCUUCAUGUGUCAUUACAGAAGAAAGCUGGCAAGAACCUCCUACUCCUUCUCUCAUUACACAGUCCCGACAUGCUGUGUUAUAAUGAGUGCGUUCCCACAAGACCUCAAAUCUCAACAGGCCGCUUAAGGGGCCAAGGGCAAUGACCCCUCCCUCCCUUAACUGGCUUUUCUUAAAGGACUAAAAUGAUAUGCUAUUAGAAGAAACGCUGGGCACAGAUGGUUCCCUAAGCUGCUCCACACCAUUUGCUCCCAAGAAAGGACUGUAUUCCCCAAAGCAUUAUAUACAGAUGAGCCCAUGGCCUUUCUACAAAGCCAGAGCCCCUGCCCUUCCCAGUCACCACGGCCCUCAGGCCCUUUCCUUGAGUUCUUCAAUUUAAGCCCCACCCCCCAUCUUCUUCUCUUUGGUUCUAUCCAUUGCUCACAUACAAACAACUCUCUACUUAGCUGCCUUUGAAGUAUAACCAGUUCUCAUUCUUAAAUCCAAUGCUAUCAUCUGGACGAAGAACAGUUUUAUGAAGAGAUGGGAAGGUGUUCCCUUAUCUCUAUUCCUGUGCAUCUCUUAUGCACCUUUAAUGCCGAGAAUUCUUUAAGUUCCUCAAUAUUUCUUCAAGGUUUGAGAUCACCUCUGCUUUAGUUAAGGCUCCUAUUGCUGUGAUGAAGCGCCACGACCAGAGAGCAAGCUGGGGAGGAAAGGAUUUACUCAGCUUACACUUCCAAAUUGAUAGUCCAUCAUUGUUGGAAGUCAGGACAGGAACGCAAGGAGGGCAGGAACCUGGUGAAAGGAGCUGAUGCAGAGGCCAUGGAGGGAUGUUACUUACUGGCCUGCUUUCUUAUAGAACCCAGGACUACUAGCUCAAGGAUGGCCCCACCUACCAUGGGCUGGGCCCUCCCCCAUUGAUCACUAAUUGAGAAAAUGCCUUACACCUGGAUCUUAUACAGGCAUUUUCUCAACUAUAGCUCCUCCCUCUCUGAUGACACUAGCUUGUGUCAUACUGACAUACAAAACCAUCCAGUACAACUGACCCUUUGACAACCUGACACACGAACAUCACUAUUAAGCCACCUCUCUGAUUUAUCCCCCAAGAUCUAAAUAACUUCAAAAGUCUCACAGUCCCUAACAAAUUCAAGCACAUUAAAUUUUCAGUCCUUUAAACUAUCUAACCUCUCAAAUCUAAAGUCUCUUAACUGUUGACUCAAGUACUUUACUUCAAGAGGGAAAAAUCGGGGCACUGUCACAAUCAGAGCAAAGUAAGAUCAAAAUCCAACCAUCCAAUAUCUGGGACCCACUCAUGAUCUCCCAGACUCCUUCAAACUGUUUGGGUCACUUCUCCAGCUCUGCUCUCUGCAGCACACACAGCUUCUCUUCUAGGCUCCAACUGGUUCUACUCCACUGCUGCUGCUGUUCUUGGUGGUCACCCCAUGGUACUGGCAUCUACAAAACCACUGAGAUUCCUUGCUGCAACUGGCUGCCCGGUCACCAAUAGCCUGUCACAGGCUCUUUUCCUGGUCCCAAGCCUCAACUUCUUUGCAUAACCUUUUCAGUCCUGGGUUUUUUCCUGCCACUGUGGCUACACCUACACCAGUGGCCUCUCCUGACCUCUCCCUGUGCCAAGCCUCAGCUGUUCUCCAUAACCCCUUCAUGCCUUCAAAACCAGCACCACCUGGUGACUCUUACACAUGACCAAGUUUGGUUCCCUCCUUGGCUGCCUCUGGGAAAGAGCUUCUCUGUGCUCUCAGAAAACACUUCCCAGAAGAUUUCACCUCAGUGAUGCUGGUCUCUUCUUAGCCCCUGCUAAUUUCUUAGCUCCAGCCAACCAGCAUCAAUCGUCCCAGUAACACAAAAGUUUCACCUCAGUAGCUCUGGUAUCUUAUUAAUCACAGUUGAUCCUUCAUCCACAGCUAACCGGAACCACAGAAUCUUACUUAGGUAAAAAUCUGAAACAGACCUGAUCGAGUCUUUAAUCUUCCCUCCGAAAUGUCACAAGCCAGGCCUCCAUCUUCUGCACAGCUCUCAACAUUAUCAUCGUCCAAGCUCCCACAGAACAUCCUACUGAGCUCUCAACACUCAAUGGCUCUUCUAGCCCAAAGUUCCACAGUUCUUCCACAUUCUCCCCUAAAAGGUAGUCAGGUGUGUCGAGUCAACAUCCCACUGCACUGGUACCAACUUGUCUUAGUUAGGGCUUCUGUUGCUGUGAUGAAACACCAUGAUCCAAAUGCAAGUUUGGGAGGAAAGGGUUUAUUCAGCUUAAACUUCCACAUCACUGUUCAUCACCAAAGGAAGUCAGGACUGGAACUCAAGCAGGGCAGGAACCUGGAGGCAGGAGCUGAUACAGCAGCCAUGGAAGAGUGCUGCUUACUGGCUUGCUUCCCCUGGCUUGCUCAGCCUGCUUUCUUACAGAACCCAGCAUCACCAGCCCAGGGAUGGCACCACCCACAACGGGCUGGGUCUUCCUCCAUUGAUCACUAACUGAGAAAAAUGCCUUACAGCUGGAUCUCAUGGAGGCCUUUUCUCAUUUGAGACUCCUUUCUCCCUGACGACUCUAGCUUGUGUCCCGUCGACACACAAAACCAACCAGUACAGCCUCCCAUUUUGUCUUCACACUAAAAACGGAAUUGUGACUUGCUCAAUGAGCCCAAAUGAGGAACUUUUCCAUCCUAAAGUGAGUCUUUAUCCCACAUGACCAGGGCUCCAGAAUAAAAGGAUGUAUCUUCUUCUGCCUGGCUUCCUCA